GGCAAAAUGGUCCAACGUCUUGUUUUCAGACGGCGUUUGUCGUACAACACAAAAUCAAACAGAAGGACCAUUGUCCGUACCCCAGGUGGUAAACUAGUUUACCAAUACCUGAAAAAACCUAAGAAGAUCCCGAGAUGUGGUCAGUGCAAGGACAAACUUAGGGGCAUCCUUCCAGCCCGUUCCAAGGAACGUUCCCGCCUGUGCAGAAGGAAGAAGACCGUGAAACGUGCGUUCGGCGGUGUCCUUUGCCACAAGUGCGUCAAGGAAAAGAUCGUCCGUGCUUUCUUGAUUGAGGAGCAGAAGAUCGUUCUUAAGGUUAUGAGAACGAAUCCCGCCAUCAAGAAGAAGCCAGCUCCAGUCAAGAAAUAAACUAUAGACGUUAAAAAUUAAAUAUAAAAUUUUUAGAA